UUAUCUAUUGCUAAAUUUUGUCCAAACCUUAGAAGACUUUUUGUAAGAUUUAAUAAUGGUGAAAUUGAUAUAUUAAAAAAAAUAUUUAUUAAUUGUCGGUAUUUAGAAAGUAUUAAAAUUUGGUGUGGAGAAGAAUAUUUAAAUGAAAAGGAAGUAUUUGAUACUGUCGUAAAUUAUUCACCAAGUAAUUUUUGUGAAUUAAAAAUAUAUAAUAAUUCAAAGUCAGACUUUGUAUCUCCAAAAGAUUUAGAAUCGUUUUUUAUAAAAUGGAAGAAUAGAAAAUCAAAAAAAUCACUUAAAUUAAUAUUUCUUAAGGAUUCAAAGAUUAAUGGUCGUCGGCAUUAUGGUUUGGAUGAAUUUAAGGAAAAUAUGAAAAUAAUUGAAAAUUAUAAAAAUUUAGGCGUUAUUAAAUUUAUGACUAAAGAUUAUAUAAAAGAAGAGGAGGAGGAGGAAGUAAUAGAGAACUAUUAUUUUUCUAUGCUUGGGAUUAUGUAAUAUAGACACUAUUUUUAUCAAAAUGAAGCGUUCCGUCU